AAAUUGAUCUGUUCUGUUGAUUGAUUGUCUGGAGGACAGUGUUGGUUAGCAGAGUUGUUCUCCGUGGGUAGUGGCCUCUAGAGGCUUAUGAUGACAUAUGGGACUAUUGGCCUCCCUGGUAGUGUUUUGAGCUUAUCACAUGCAUUUGCGUAUUUUCUUGAAUAGAGGGAUAACUCUUGGGAUAUAGUGGUAUUGGACUGCUCUAUAUUUUGGGUGAGGGACAACUUUAGGAAUCUGCUUUGCUGGGAUAUCUUACGAAUAGUACUGUUUGAAUUUUCAAAGCAUGCCACUGAAAUGUAAUACACAUUGUUGCAUGGUUACCGUUGUUUGGUAAUCUAUCGACUGCAAGUAGGCUUUUUUAUUAAUAGUGUACUGCCUUUUCAAAAGUUUCAUUUUAGAGCCACACUUGUGAGAUUUAUAAACUUGUACUGCUAUACAUAUAUGUAUAGUUUUCUUAGUGUCAAGUUCAUUCUCUGCUUCUCUUUAUCGUAAUUAAACUGGUUUACUGGAGGCUUUUCCCAGGGAAAGCUAUUCUUAUAAUGUGGCAGAUAAUUCAAUAUCUCAUUAGUCAUAAACAUGUGUUUCAUUUUAUGGAAUAAAAUCUGGAUACAGCUGCAGGAUUUCUUUUUUGGUUCAUUUGGGGAGGGCGUGGUCUGCUGGUAGUCAAACAACAUGGUAAUAUAGACAAUGAGGAUUGUUAGAUUUGGUUGCUGUUGUUUCUCUCUGAUCCUUGAAGAGAAUGGGAAUGGAACUAAUGCAACAUUUUUAUAGGGCUUAAGUAGAGAUGAAGUAGUAGAUUGACUUAGAUCACAAAGCAAGAAAUGUUUGAGGGAUACUUUCUUUUAAUGGGAAUGAGUCCUGCCAAUCUGCUAUAGAAGGUAAAUUCAAUAAACAGGAAAAGAAACGAUGUUUGUAUGGUGAUGGUUCAUAGAUCUUAGAUUACAAGUCCCAAUCUAGAAAUGUUCAAAAUUUUCAACUGGUAUUAUCCCCCCCGGGGGGGGGGGGGGGGGGAGGUAUGGCUGAAUAGCCGUGUGCUCAAUGUGGGGAAUUUUCAUGCACUUUCCUUUUCUACUCUGGGCCCCUCGAUAUGUUCAAAAUGUCAGAGUAUAUUGUUUCGCAGAGAAACCUAUCUGAUUCUCCUUGUUAGCGACCUUUUCAUCCUGGUGCGAGUAUUGCCUUCUAUGAUUCUCAAGUUAUAUUCUGCUUUAUGAUGAUAGAUAUGACACGUAAAUCUUUCUUUUGACUUUAAGGCUGAAUAUAACUUGUAGUCAUUAUCAGGGUGUCCUAUUGGCUUAACAUAACCUAAUUUUCUCCUAUUGACAUGGGAAUUGGGAGAUGCUUGUCCAGAUAGAAUGUGAUCCCCAGUUGCGACCUAACCCCCAUGGAAUAUGUAUCUCAUCUAGAGUUGGCAAUUUGCGUCAAUGGAUCAAGUUCGGGUUUGAUUUUGGGCUAAGCUCAAAAUAUGUUAAUAUUAAUUUAAAAGUAGAUAAUUUUACAAAAUAUGGUAUAUGUGUCGGAUCGGGUGGAUUUUAGGGUGUUCAGGUGCAGUUGGAGUCGAGUUUGGGUUUCUUUUUAUAACAUUAGCUCGGGUUAUUGGUCUUGUCAGAAAUUGCCCGCUCUAAUUUAUCAUUGAGCUGUAUGUAUAUACUCUAAUAUCUCAUCUCUUCUUGACCUGAGAGGCUCGGACGAUGCAACGUCAGAUGCCAUGGUUGUUUGGAUUCAUGAGGUUCUUUACUGAAGUUCUAUAUUCCUGAGGUUGCUUAGGGUCAAACAAGUUGGCAUAUGAUGUUGGAUAGUGAGCUGUUAAUCUCUGCAAAGAUGUCUAUGUUUGUAUCAAUUAUGUGAGCUACAUGACGUGUAAACUGUUGCAAGAGGAUCCUUAUGGGGAUUUCGGGACUAUUUACUGGUGGGUAUGCAGGAGGCAUUGCUUAGAAGAAUACAAGUUUCUGUUGUUUUAUUACCCUUCUCCAAUCAGAAUGGGAACAAAGGUGCAGACUGAGAAUUACUUGCCUGCACAUUACUCAAUGAAGGACCUUAAUUGUGAAUCUAAUGGUGCUAGUUGGCCUUCUUGUUUCGGCGAGAAUAAUUUAUCCAACGGACAAUUCUAUUAUGGUUUUCUGCCUAGGACUGUUGCUGAUACACAGACAGGAUAUGAGAAAGAUCUUGUAAAGCAAACAAUGAUUGAGCAUGAAGCCAUAUUUAAGAAUCAGGUCUAUGAACUACAUCGACUAUACAGAGUACAAAGAGAUCUGAUGGAUGAGUUCAGGAGGAAAGAACAAAUUAAACGGCGAAUUCCCUAUGAAACAUCAUCUUCUUCAAGCCCUGUACCAUCCCAAUUGCAAUAUGAGGAUGUGCAAAGAUGGAAUGGUCCAACUUUCCCGUUGUCAAACUCAGUUUGUGGUAGACCUCUCAUUUCAGUUCCCGAUGCUGUUCACUCUUCACCAUAUUCUGCUAAAGGAAAGAGCAUACAAGCUGGGCCAAGUACAUUGCCGAAUUGCUAUAGUCCAAAGAACUCCGAGUCAGAGUCCAGACCCACAAAACUUAGAAGACGAAUGCUUGAUCUGCAACUCCCAGCUGACGAGUAUAUUGACACAGAUGAAGUGGAGCAAUCCAAUGAUGUCAAGGAUUCUGAUAAUAUAAGCCCAUCCCCUGAUAAAAAUAGAAAGUUUGCAACAGGGAAUGGCAAACUAUCUAUGGUCUAUCCUGGAAAAACUGAAUGUCAGGGAGAUGCUUCAAGAUCUGAUCUUCAUGUCAGUAAAUCUAGGGCUCUGGCAGACUUGAAUGAGCCUCUACAUGUGGAAGAAGCAACCUCUGUCUCAUCUGUUGACUUCUUGCACUGUGGUGGCAGUCGCCGUGACGUUCAGUUCGGGGAUCUUUCUACAAAAUUUUUGAGUUCAUCUAAGGAUGUUCCUCAGAACCCCAAAAAUGGCUGCAUGAAUGGGACUUUGAAUAAUGUCAGCUUUGAAAAUAAAGCUAAUGGCCCUGACUGGUUCAGCUAUGCAUUAGAAUCAGAACAUAAAGGCAGUAUGAGAUCCAUCAAUCAAGGAAUCUGUCCAGUAAAGAUGCCUGUGCCAUCUCAGCCAGUGCAUAUACUUCUUGAUCAAGCUUGUCAACCUCCGGCUUUUCUGACCGGUGAUGUCAAGGGAAGUCCAUGGAAAGCAAAAUCUGGUAGUAAUGUUGAAAAGUCUGAGAGAGGUUAUUCUCUGUCCAGCUACAAUGUUCCUGGAUCAGUUGCUUCUCAUCUUCCAAAUCAACCUGGAUAUUUUCAUCCCUCUGAUUUAAACAAGUCAUGGGAUCAAUGUGCCUCAGCUUGGGGGAAACCCGGAAGCUUCCUUAGCCAAAAGCCCAUAUCAGUGCAAGCAAGUCCAUAUCUAACUUCUUCUUCCUUGAGCAAGAGUCCUCAAUCGUCCGCCCAGAGCAAUGACUUGUUUGGUAAUAAUAAGUGGAAUCUAAAUAGCAGCCCUUCAGCUUUGGGAAGUGAAAUGCCUGUGAGAAAUGGGUUUUAUGAAGGUUCAUCAUAUGCUUUUAAAGGCAUUGAUUAUGUAAAUAACAAUUACAUUGAUAAAAAGGUGCCUUGCUCCAGUAUCCACCACUUCAGAUCUUCAAGUUGUACUGAUAUGAAUCCCGUUAAAGAUAUGAACUUGAAUGUGGCACUUCCAAAUGGUGUGUCUGACGAUCAUUUUAACCAGCAAAGUGGUAGGAACAUAGACAAGAAUCACAAGUCGGAGGAUCCUCUAGCUGUUUUGCCGUGGCUUAGAGGAAAGGGUACUUGCAAUGACGAGGCGGAGAAAUCAAGGAAAGCUCUCAACUCACUGGAACCAGAUCUUUCUCGAUGGGGUUCUUCAGCUGCAUUAAAUUCAUGUGAGGGUGAUGCUAAAGCGAAGAUAGCUGAUGGUAGCAGAAAAAUUCUUGGGGUAGCCAUUUUUGAAAACCCUCCAACACCGAAGAAAGAGAUCUCAAAACCUUUAGUUACUCACAAUUGUUCAGUAAACAAGGAGAGUGCAACUAGUGGAAGAAAAGGUGGUUUUGAUAUGAAUGUACCUUGUGAGCUUUCAGAUGAGGAAGAAGUUGUGGUUGUAGAGGCAAAGAUUAAAACUGAAUUUGCUACUCCGAGACAUUAUUUUGAUCUCAAUUCAUGCUUAACCGAGGAGGAAAUUCCAUGUGAAAUCUCUUAUGCAGAGAAGAGAACCUCUGUAAGGGUUGGUACUGGUAUAGAUUUGGAAGCCCCCUUCAUUCUUGAAGACGAGGAGGUUGAAGAUUGUUUAAUAAAGGAGACACAGAAAGAGGCGGAGCUACCCCAACAUAAUGCUGAUGAUGGAGAGAACAAACUUGCCGAGUCAGCAGCAGCGGCAAUUGUUACCAUGUCAUCAUUUGUUAACCUAGAACAAUCUGAGGAAGCAACUUGUCUUCAAAUAGAAACUGACAUGGAUGAUCCCCUUCAGUGGUUUGUUGAUAUUGCUUGUUGUAAUGGAGAUAAUGUUGAAAAUGGGGAUUGGUUACCUGAAGGUUUGGAUGAUUUCGAAUUGAUGACUUUGAGACAGAAAGAGUGCAAUGAAGAGGAGUACUUUCCUAAACCGAGCUUUCCCGAAAUUCCAAAUGUUGAAGAAAAAGGGACAUGCCUCUUAACUAGUACUAGAACACGAAAAGGACAUGGUCGUCGAGGAAGACAAAGAAGGGACUUUCAGAGAGACAUUCUGCCGGGCCUUACAUCACUUUCUAGGCACGAAGUAACUGAAGAUCUUCAGAUGUUUGGAGGCCUAAUGAGAGCUACAGGUCAUCCUUGGCAUUCUGGGCCAAAUCGCAGGAAUGCUACUAGAAAUGGUUGCGGUAGAGGCAGGCGACGAGCUGUUGUAGCAGCCGCCCCUGCACCAGCAAGCACAGUAUGUGCUCUUCCAUUGAAGCAACAACAGCAGCAGCAGCAGCAGCUACAGAAUAACAAUACAGAGGUGGGUUUGGAGGAUAGAAGCCUAACGGGAUGGGGAAAGACAACUAGACGUCCCCGAAGACAAAGGUACCCUGCAGGUAAUCCUGCCCCUCCUCCUGUACCUUUGACCUAAUUUAUUUGGUGGAGAUUUAUGUAUCGACGAACAUAUAGAGGGACAAUACUGGAGUAGAGUUGUUCGUUAAGGCGUCUGAAACUGAGCUUUUCCUUUUUCCUUCUUUUUUUCUAGUGAAAAAGGGGAUUGUCUUUGUACAUGUUCUGUAGCCCAAAAUUUGGGUCCCCUUUAAUUAUGUGGCUUUGCAACCAACUUUGUAUUGUUUCAUGAAUAAUGUUGCAUGGGUUUCUUGUCCUAGCUUAUGUGCAUGAGCUAAUGAACUAAAGCAGAAUAUGCACCGGUGUGCUUGUCAUCAAAUGUUAAGGCAGUGUUAUGCUGUAUGAUACUAUUGAUUUCCGCUUGUUUCA